CCCAAAUGGCACCUGUGAUACCAACAUUAAAGCUCCACUUAAAGAAGAUAUCAAAGAAAGCCCAGCCGAAAAACCAACGGAAAAUGGGAAUGUGGCUGUCGAAGAUAUGACCUCAAAGGACUACUAUUUUGAUUCCUAUGCACACUUUGGCAUUCACGAGGAAAUGCUGAAAGAUGAGAUUCGAACACUCACCUACAGAAACUCAAUGUAUUACAACAAGCAUUUGUUUAAAGGCAAGGUUGUGUUGGAUGUCGGCUGUGGUACCGGCAUUCUCUGCAUGUUUGCUGCAAAGGCUGGAGCAGCCAAAGUUAUCGGGAUUGAAUGUUCCAGUAUCAUUGAUUAUGCCCAGAAAAUUGUUGCUGCCAAUGGACUUGACAAUGUGAUCUCGUUGGUCAAGGGCAAGGUGGAAGAGGUGAGUCUGCCGGACGGUAUCGAUAAAAAACCUGGUGGGCUAAUUUUCCCAGAUAAAGCAUCGCUGUAUGUGACAGCCAUCGAGGACAGGCAAUACAAGGAUGAGAAAAUCAAUUGGUGGGAUAAUGUAUAUGGGUUUGAUAUGGGUUGCAUACGUGAUGUGGCUGUGAGAGAACCCUUGGUGGAUGUUGUAGAUCCCAAACAAGUUGUUGCCGAUUCAUUCUUGGUCAAGGAAGUGGACAUCUACACUGUGAAAGAGGAGGACAUUGCAUUUUCAACUCCGUUCCGUUUGAACUGUCUGCGUAAUGACUACAUGCACGCCCUGGUUACUUUCUUCACUGUUGAGUUCUCCAAGUGUCACAAGAACAUUGGCUUCUCCACAUCCCCUGAUUCUCGGUACACACAUUGGAAACAGACUGUGUUCUACCUGGGUGACAAUGAAUUGACUAUCAAGAGAGGCGAAGAGAUUAAUGGUGUCUUUUCUCUGACCCCAAACAAGCAGAACAACAGAGAUCUAGACUUCACAGUCAGCGUAGACUUUCACGGAGAGCUUUCUGAUGCUUCUUGCAGUCUUAACUACAAGAUGAGGUAG